AUGCAGACCCGCUACCGUGUCGCUCGCUGGGGCAAGAAAAAGAAGCCUUCGAAGUAUGCUUCAUUGACCACCACAUCGAGAUUCCUUGGUGAUGGCAACGGCACCUCGUCGAUCCCGAGUGCAAAUCUAACUCCGAGGCCCAAGCGCUGGCCAACUACUUGGAACAGCAUCGACGACACUAGCUAUGGUCCCGCCAUGUGGAACAACAAUAGCGUUACGCAGGUCUUUUCCCAAUUUAAACCGGGCGACACAACGAUAAUCUGCUAG